AUGUCCUCCACCAUACGCGACUACGCCAGCGUCCGCCGCGCCAUCGCCUCCCUCCUCAAACAGCCCGAAUACGACGACGGUUCCGCCGGCCCUGUCCUCGUCCGCCUCGCCUGGCACAGCGCAGGCACCUACGACGCCUCCACAGACACCGGCGGCAGCAAUGGCGCAGGCAUGCGCUACGAAGCAGAAGGCGGCGACCCGGCCAACGCCGGCCUCCAACACGCCCGCGUCUUCCUCGAGCCCGUCAAAGCCGCCCACCCCUGGAUCACAUACUCCGACCUCUGGACGCUCGCGGGCGUCGAGGCGAUCAAGCAGAUGGGCGGGCCGGAUAUCGCGUGGUGGCCCGGCAGGACCGACUACGUCGACGACAGCAAACUGCCGCCGCGCGGACGGCUCCCCGACGCGGCGCUGGGCAACGACCACCUCCGUGCCAUCUUCUACCGCAUGGGCUUCAACGACCAGGAAAUCGUCGCCCUGUCCGGCGCGCACAACCUCGGCCGCUGCCACGCGGACCGCUCGGGCUUCGACGGGGCGUGGGUGAAUAAUCCUACAAGAUUCUCGAAUACGUAUUUCAAACUCAUGCUCGAGCGGGAAUGGCGCGAGAAAGUCCUCGAUAACGGCGUGCGGCAGUACGUCUACUACGACGAGGACGCCGAAGAAGAACUCAUGAUGCUGCCGACGGACCUCGCUUUAAUCUCGGAUAAGUCGUUCCGGCCGUGGGUGGAGGUGUACGCGCGGGAUAAGGAGAGGUUUUUUGGGGAUUUCGCGAGGGUUUUUGGGAAGUUGAUGGAGUUGGGGAUUCGGAGGGGGGAGAAGGGGGAGGUGGUGAAUACGGAUAAUUUGAAGGGCGGGUAUGUUAGUGCGCCGAAGAAAAGUGGCGUGCCGGGGCGGGAGGGGGAGAGUGAUCGGUUUGGGGAGGCGGAGAAGUUGAGGAAGGAGAAUGAGGCUGUGAGGGCGAGGUUGUAA